AAAAAAACACCAGAGGACCUAGUCGAAUGCUGAAGCAGUCACAGAGCGCACGACAGGCCGCCUCCAAGAUCAAGAUUGCGUAUGACGCGCAACAUCGUGGAGCAGCUACCUCACAGCAACAUAGCUUCAUUGCUAGUAGCUGUGGUGUUGUUAUUCGAGACAAUUGUCCUUUUCAGUGGGAGUCUUGGGCAGAAAUUCCCGAGGAGACGAAGAGAAUGGUGCGACACGAGUUGUCGGUCAUUUAUGAUCUUGAGGACAUAUCCCUUGAGGUCAUGAACUACUUAGAGGAGACCUUAGCAAACCGGUACAAAAAUUGGAAGAGCACUUUUCACACGUUUUUUAAGCGAUGGGAUGAUCCAGAGAUUGCUCGCCUACAUGUUCCAAGCGAGUUAAAGGACCGGCCAGAUGAUUGGGAGUGGCUCUGCAAACAUUUUACGGACCCAAAAUUUGUGAAGAAAUCUGUUGCUGGCCAAAAAGCUCGUGAGUCAAAGACACUUCUCCACCAUUCCGGUUUGAAGCCCUUUUCGUAUAGGCUUCAGACACGACGUCAGGUAAAAGUAUAUUAACUUUGAAAUUUUAUACAAUUUAUUAUUAUUAUUGAUUAAUAAAAUUUUCUUACUGUUUUUUUUCUUCAGGAGGGUUCUAAGUUCCCAGCAAUCGACAUGUUCAAGGACGUUUACGUUCGACCUGGUCAGGAGAUUACUGAGCA